AAGUAAACACAACCACGUUUCUAUUGAGAAACUUGCUUUUUGAGGCUGUGAGACCUUUCUCUUCUGUUAUUAGUAAGCAGAGAGAUGGCCUUACACUUGACAUGGGCGUUCGUUUUCGGCCUUUUAGGUAACAUCAUCUCCAGUCUGGUCUGCCUCGCUCCCGUGCCAACUUUUUAUCAAAUUUGCAAGAAGAAAACAAGCGAAGGGUUUCAAUCUAUUCCCUAUGUGAUUGCAUUGUUGAGUGCCAUGCUUUGGCUGUUCUAUGCAGUGUUUGCAGAAGAUGCCACUCUUCUCAUCACCGUCAACACAUUCACAUUUUUACUGGAAAUUGCCUAUCUUGCUUUGUACUUUUUCUAUGCCACCAAGAAGGAUAAGAUUCUCACUGCGAAACUUGUGUUCCUGUUCAAUGUUUUUGGAUUCGGCAUCAUAAGUAUCGUAGCUAUGUUCAUAUUACAUGGCAAACAACGUGUCAACGUCUUGGGAUGGAUUUGUAUGAUUUUCGCUCUAUGCGUAUUUGUUGCACCUCUUGCGAUUGUGAGAAAAGUUAUAAAAACCAAAAGCGUGGAGUUCAUGCCAAUUUCUUUAUCUUUCUUCCUCACAUUGAGUGCAGUCAUGUGGUUCUUAUAUGGUUUUCUAAGAAAAGAUUAUUUCGUUGCUAUUCCAAAUGUAUUGGGAUUCAUAUUUGGCAUGCUCCAAAUGCUGCUUUAUGCAAUAUAUCGGAAACCCAGGAAAUCCUUGGAGAAGCCAACACUUAAUAAUGAAUCAUUUGAACACGUUAUUGAGGUUGCAAAGCUGGGUGCAGAAGCUUGCUGCGAGCUGAACACUGAAGCCAAGGAUGAAAAUGACCAUGAAGCUGAAGAUAAACAUGUCAAGGAACAGCCCAAGCAAAUCAAUCAAGACAAUGAUCUCUCGGACACUGUUUAAUAUAAAUUUUAACUUUUUAACAACCAAAUUAAGAGACACAGCUCUUUUUCGAUCAAUCAAUCCCAGCUGGAAUGUCCAAUAUCACAAUUAUUGAAUGUUCAAUAUUAUAAUUAUCUCAGGUAUCUGUAUCUCAGGUAGAUAGCUUGUACUUUUAUAUGAGUAUUUUGGUCUGUAAGAAAAUAAAAUAUAUAUUAAGAUUACAUCAUGACUCUUUAAUUUUCA